CAACCCUCGUGAAAGGGUCUUGUGCCAUGUUAAAAUUCGAAGGGUUCAAGUUCGUCUCCUUUGCGUUUGCCUUUGUUUAAAUUUUCUAACACUAUCCUUGAUUCGCAUUUGUGUUUGCCACUAAUCUUGUGUGCGGUUCAUGUGGGUGCUGCCUGCUUAAACGCUGACUUAAACAAUUCCAAAUAAUUUAUGGCCGCCUCUUCAAACACCUAAAAAGAAAAAAAGAUAGACGAAAAGAAUAUAAAGGAGAGGUAAUAUGCAAUUCCACUUGUCAAAUGCUUUGUACAGGCUUUCUUCACAUCCUACGUUGAAAAGCAUUAUGAAAUAUCAUGCACAAAUUCCCUACUUCAAAACUAGUUUAACAACUGCAAAAUAGCCCUGUUUUUUGCCACAAGAAAAUAAGUACACCAUUACGACAAGAAGAAGACAAAAAAACCAUUAUCCAUUGCCAAAGUUCUUGAAAUUUCAUGCUUAUAAUCUAAGUAAGUAGCCAGAAGUUCUCAUAUCUGCUGUCCAUGAAUAUUUUGGGGAGGCAAAGAUUCGGAAUUACAGCUGAAGAUCAUGAUGAACUUGGGCAAUAGAGAAAGAAUUUGCAAUUGUCUGCUUUGUAAUCAUCUUCAGAAAUUGGAGGUUGCAGUGAACAUAGAUCAUAUUGUAGUUUUAACAGCAAAUGGCCAUGGAUGAUGAAGUACCAGGAGCUGUGGGGACAAGCGCGAGCUUUGCUUUGAGAUUAGGGCAGACCAUCUUCUCCGCCGCUUCUCUUUUGUUCAUGUCGUUAGGAGUUGAGUUUCACAACUAUACUGCCUUUUGCUUCUUAGUAACGAUCAUGGGUUUGGUCAUCCCCUGGAGCAUUACUUUGGCAAUGAUUGAUAUAUACUCUGUCUUGAUCCAUUGCCCCAUUCGUCAGCCAGGAAUUCUUCUCUUCAUUGUUUUAGGAGAUUGGGCAUUAUCAUUCCUCACUCUUGCAGCAGCUAGCUCAAUUGCUGGAAUAGUGGAUCUUUUGCACAGGGCAGAUGUAACAUUCUGUCCUGCCGGAUUAUGCAGUAGAUAUCAGAUAUCUGCUGCAUUGGCCUUCUUGUCAUGGUUUCUCUCCGCGGCCUCAUCUCUUUCCAAUCUUUGGUUGCUUCCUUCUCUGUCAAGAUGAUCAGUUUUCCACUGUUUUCACGCCGUAGCUCCACCUAGCCUAUGUAUGGUUGCAUGGAAGUAUCUGAUAUACAGGUAUUCCAUAUAUUUUAUAAUUUUUAGUGUAUCUUGAAAAAAUCACUUUAAGAACCCACACUCUUAUCACACCCGUUAGAUGUUGGUAUGUCAUGACAAAUGAAGAAUCCACGCAACAUAGAAGGAACAGUAGAAUGUUGGGGAGCUAUUUAUGUUAUAUUGAACAGUAGAAUAACUUGUUAGUUAGAGUCUUAGAGAUAUAUGUGUAACAAAUAAACUUAGAAUACCAAGUCAACAGUGACUUCCAUACAGAUAAAUUAGCUAAAUUAGAAUGGUCAAUCUACUCCUUUUUCCUUUGAUGUAUCCCACAGGUUAUAUGAUCAUGUAUCCAUUCAGCUCCAUUGAGGCUCAUUUUAUACAGGUGUACCUGCUGCAAUGAAUUUAUUAUUUAACUA